AUGGCGAAAGACCUGCCUUUUAAGCUCUCCCAGACGCUUGUCGGGCAUAAUGAAGAUGUCAAAGAUGUCCUAUUCGUUGACCCCGCCACUAUCAUCUCCUGUUCUCGUGAUGCAACUGUCCGAAUAUGGAGUCCCUUGGUUGGAGGGGAGGAUAAUAAGGACAAAACAGAUCCUCCACAAACGUCUGAAACUACAGCUGAGGAUGAUGCGCCCAACCCACCAUCCACAACCACGUCGACUUUCGUCGAUACCAUAAACUCCAAUGCCCAGGGAUUUGUCAACUGUCUUGCCUAUAUGAAACCCGAUGCCGACCAUCCAAAAGGGCUAAUUAUCAGCGCUGGACAAGAAUCCUUAAUUGACGUUCGACCACCUGGAUAUCUUGGUCCCGAUGCUGCAUACCUCUUGAUCGGGCAUUCGGGGAAUGUCUGCUCCCUUGAUGUCCACGGAACUACUAUUAUUAGUGGUAGUUGGGAUAAAACCGCUAUCGUGUGGCAAAAUUGGGAGAAGAAGUACGUUCUUGAAGGACAUACGGCUGCUGUAUGGGCUGUCAUGGCGGUUUCGGAUACAGAAUUCAUCACAGGAUGUGCGGAUGGGAAGAUUAGAUGGUAUCGAGAGAAUAAACUUUAUAGAUCGGUGCAGGCGCAUACUCAGCCAGUUAGGGGGAUCCACAAGUUGAAUGAUGAGAAGGACGGGGCGUUCAUUAGCUGUGGAAAUGAUGGGGUCAUUAAGUCCUGGUCCGCAGAGGGAAGGGAAAUCGAAACGGUCUACGCUCAUAAUGCGUAUAUCUACUCUGUCACGGUUCUGCCAAACGGAGAAUGGGCAUCGUGUGGUGAAGAUAGGACUUUGAAAGUUUGGAGAAAGGCACAAUGUUUACAAUCAAUCUCCCACCCUUGUAUAAGUGUCUGGUGUGUUUCGGCCAGUCCCAAUGGGGACCUAAUUACAGGAGCCAGCGACGGAGUUUUGAGGGUUUGGUCGAGGGAGCCUGAGAGACAAGCAGACGAAGAGACAUUGAAGGCGUAUUCCGAGGCCAUUGCGAACCUUACAAUUGCUGAGGACACUAUGGAUAUUGAUAAAGCAUCCCUACCUGGAAUGUCCGCCCUCGGCCGUCCUGGAAAGCAUAACGGAGAGAAAAUCCAUAUCAAUAACGAUGGCAAUAUCGAAGCAUACCAGUGGUCAUCCUCUGAGACCACAUGGGAACAAGUUGGCGUCGUUGCGUCCGCUGUUAGUAGUGGAAGGAAGGUUGAGUACGAGGGUCAAUUUUACGAUUAUGUCUUUGACGUCGAUUUCGAGGAAGGGCAGCCACCAAAGAAGUUGCCGUUUAAUGCGGCACAGAAUCCAUGGGAUGCAGCAAGAAUUUUUUUGGAGAGGAAUGAGUUGCCAAUGUCGUAUUUGGAUACUACGGCCAACUUUAUCGUUCAGAACACGAGAGGAACUCAAAUAGGUACCUCACAGCAGCCACAGUUACCGGCCAGCGCAGAUCCGUUCGGUAUUGAAAAUAGAUACCGUCCUGGUGAUGAGCUUAAUCAACCACCACCUCCACCACCAGAACCUCCAAAAUUGCUUCCAUGGAAGACAUAUCUCGAUAUCGCUAAUGUGAAUCUCGAGGCGGCAACCAAGAAGAUUCUUGAACAUAACGCACACUUCCUUUCCCUGGGGCAGAAAGAAAAGUCCUUGAACGAUGAGGAUAUAGAAACCCUGAAAGCAUUGACCGGGUUUUUGGCGAAACCGUCGGCACCAACAUCGGCUUCAGCUAAGGGGUCCGCUGCUGUCAAGAAUGGACUUGCGCUGUUGAACAAGAUCAUUACUGAAUGGGAAGGUGUUCGAAAUCUUGCUGCACUAGAUCUUCUUCGAACCUUGGCAAGAUACAGUCCCGCUGUUGUCCUUCAAGAUGAGGAUUUACUCGAUUUUUUGGAUGCGACUAGAUGCUUCGACUCUGCGUCUCCCAGCCAUGUGACCUUCGGAUCACGAGUUUUGGUAAAUUUGUUUCACCAUGCUGAGGGUUUAGAGUACGUUACUGGAUCUAAGGCAGUUGAUAUUAUGGAACGUGUUGGAACGGCGGUGGACGGUAGUAAGAAUAGGUUGGCGCUUAUUUCUGCGGACACAUUAUCUUUGAAUUUCGCUGUCUACUAUUCGAAACAGAAAGACAUGACCUCCGAACAGAGGUCAAUCUGCUUGUUACGGCCUCUGCUCAGGCGAAUAGAUAUGUUUAGUGAUACAGAGGCCCUAUACAGAGCUAUGAUGGCGCUUGGGACAUUGAUGGCGACUGGGAAGAGGGGCUUUUGGGCAAAAGUGCAUGACUUUGAGGCUCGAAGGACUAUUGAUGAUGCGCUGAAAAAGAUUGAUAAAGAGAAGGAGAAGAGGAUUGUGGAUGUUGUGGCUGAAAUAGAUGUAUUGUAUGCGAAUCAUCCUAAAUGA